UAAAUCGCGGGCUCAAUGACAUCAUCGAUUCUGUUUUUAGUUCUGACAAAAACAUAAACUGAUUCCAAAUAGCUUCAAAAAUCGUCAAACUACGAAUAAGAAGCUUACGCACCAUCCUGGAAUACAGCUGCAUAAGAUAGAAAAAGACAUCUAAAUCCUUAAUAUGUCAAGUCAGAUGGAGAAGCACCUUUUUAACCUCAAGUUUGCUGCAAAGAAUUUAGAAAGAAAUGCCAAGAAAUGUGAAAAAGAGGAAAAGGCAGAGAAGCUCAAGUUGAAAAAGGCAAUCCAAAAAGGGAAUAUGGAGGGGGCAAAGAUCCAUGGAGAAAACGCCAUCAGACAGAAAAACCAGUCCUUGAAUUUUAUGAGAAUGAGUUCCAGGAUUGAUGCAGUUGCACAGCGAGUACAAACCGCUGUCACCAUGAAACAGGUCACUUCCUCCAUGGGUGGUGUUGUUAAAUCAAUGGACGCGGCACUCAAAUCAAUGAACCUGGAAAAGGUAUCUGCAUUGAUGGAUAAAUUUGAGAAGCAAUUUGAAGACCUUGACGUCCAGUCGGCCGCCAUGGACAAUGCCAUGAGCAGCACAACAACACUCACUGUACCACAGGGUCAAGUUGAUAGUCUAAUGCAGCAAGUUGCAGACGAAGCUGGACUUGAGCUUAACUUGGAACUACCCGGCAGCCAACAGCAAGGAAUAGGAUCAGCAUCUGCCGCCUCCGCAGAACAGGAUGAAUUAUCUUCACGUUUAGCAAAACUCAGACAAGCUUGAUGAAGAAUCAUGCAACAUAGAAUCCUCACACCUGUGGAAAUGCAAUUUCGCCCCUAGGGUGGGGGGGGGGUUGGGUCUUCAAGGUGAAAGUGAUAGGGAUGCUAGUAGGAAAAUUUGAAAAAUUCCCCUAAAAAUACCUGCACCACCAAAAAGCCUAUUUUUUUCUCGGGUACCCCCUAAAAAUACCUGAGGCCCGAUUUUGACCCCUAAAAAUGCGAUGAGCAUCCCUAUCAAGUCGACAUGGGAAGAUCCCCCCCCCCCGGCAUUUCGCAUUCUACUCAGAGACAGACAGACAGACAGACAGACAGACAGACAGACAGAUUUAUUAGAGUGCCAUGGUCAAUCCAUGGGGGGGGGGGGGAAUGGUAUGUGGCUUUCUAAUUGUGGGCUCUAUUUCGUGUAUGUUUUAGAUGAGGGUGUUCCCUCUCCCCACCCCCCUUCUCAAGGAAUCCUCAGAUGAAUGCUCAGAGGAAAGUGAUAAAAUACAGUUUCUUGGCCCAGGCAUCAAAAUUAACAAGCUUUAGUUUAUUUACUUUCUGAAAAGUGUACACUAACUACAUACAACAGAACACUCCAAUUAUUUGUUUAGGAGAAUGUUCUUUUUAGUAGAGUAGAUUGUAUUUACCAAA